AUGCAGAACCUACGGAAGAAGAACAGCCCCUGCAAGUUCAAGAACGAGCCAACCCGAUUCCUCGGGGAGGGCGUCUCGUUCAAGGCGAAGCUCAUCGGGAUCCUCGAGGUGUCGGAAGCUCGAGGGGACCGGAUGUGCCAGGAAGCCUUGGCAGACCUGAAGAUGGCGAUUCGCGCGGCUGGGGAACACAAGCAGCGAAUCGCCGUCCAAGUCAGCAUCGAUGGACUUCGACUCAGAGAUGAGAAAACUGGGGAUUCCGUAUACCACCAUCCGGUUCACAAGAUAUCGUUCAUUGCGCAAGACAUGAGCGAUUCGAGGGCUUUCGGCUACAUCUUUGGAUCGCCGGACACUGGACAUCGAUUUUUCGGAAUCAAGACUGAUAAGGCUGCUAGUCAGGUGGUGAUUGCAAUGCGUGACCUGUUCCAAGUGGUGUUCGAGCUCAAGAAGAAGGAAAUCGAACUGGCGAAACAGCAUAUAGAGCAUAGUGCCGUGAAGUUUCAGAGCAAUGUUUUCUUCGCACCCUCACCGGACACGAAGGGUGCGGCGGGGAGCGAGGUUGCUCUGCAUCGAUCAAGGGCUGCAAGCUCGGAGGCCGAGAAAUCCUCGAGGAAACAGGAAACGCAAAGCGGAGUGAUCGCUGAUCUUCUGGAUUUACAGUUCGAGCUGAAUUCGCUGCAGCAGGGCAUUCAUCAGAUGGACAAGAUCACUCCGGAUAAUCCCAGACCAUCUUCGGAAGAUCCUUUCGACAGCGAUCCCUUUGGUGACUCCUUUACCAGUAUCAAGGUAAAGGAAUCCAUCAGACCGAUUUUGCCACCUCCACCUUCAUCUUCAAGAAGGUGUUACUUUGAAAACCGACCGACAGUUUCGGGUCCGUCCUCGUUGGCGACUUCCGGUGCGGCCGCACCUGCCUCCAGCAAAACGCCACCUCUUCAGGAUCCAAUUCACUGGUUUGACAAAGAAACGGAGAAUUUGUUCACCGAGGACGAGUUGUCGAGACUGGCCAAUCACGUAACUUCGGAAAAGGACAAGGAUUCGGCGAACGCAUCGGCGCUCGUCAAGAGUCCUCAGAUCGACGUCUUCACCGAGCUGGAUCCUCUGGGGACGGGACUGAUCAAACCCUACGUGGACAAGAAGGACUUCUUUCAGCACCUGAAGAACCCCCCCAAGAAGGUCCUGAAGGACUUCGUAACGGCCUCGGAGGAAGCGUGUUCCAUGACGCUGAUGGAAUCCUCCGAGUCCAAGGAUUCGAUCAAGACGCAGAACAACGUCCUCUCGAAGAAUUUCGGACGCUUCGAGGAUGACAGUUUUGGCGAUGACUUUAGCGACAAGGACAUCGAGACGUUGAAGAAGGCAGAGUCGCCGAAGCCGAAGAGGGACUCCGGCUCUAGGACGAUUCAUGGCCAACCGCUGUCCGUUUCUCUGCCACCUGAGAACAGCACUCCGCAGAAGAGUUCCUCGAAGAACGAGACGUCGACGACGACCAAAACGGAGAAGGAUGGCGACAAAGACGCCUCGGAAGCGGUGCAAGCCCUGGUCAAGUUGCCCAGCCCGAAGAAGUACUUGCAGUCCGCGAAUUCUCUUCUGAGACGAGACGUCGCCGUCGACCUGCCGGGAAAUAAACCUUUAGAAAAAUCAUUCCCAGUCGAUUUUUCGCUGAGCAACGACUCACCGGCUUCUCCGUUGAGGUCCUGUUCUUCGGAUGCGAACUCCAGAUUGUCAAGUUCCAGCGCCGAGCUGGACAACGUGCCGGAACCACCUCCUAGGGGUACUGGAAGUAUAUUAAUAAACCCACCACCCCUGCCCCCGAAGAAGCAGAGUUGCAGGGGUUCCAUGAAACCACCUCCGAGGCCUCCACACACCGAGGGGCACUUCCAUUACGACUUCCUAGGACGAGACGAAACUUCGCCGUCCCCGACCAGGAAGGAGUCCGUAAAGAGCCCGGCCAAGGAUAUAAAAAAUCGAUUCGACGACGACUUCAGCCCCUCGCCACCUCCCCACCUCCCAAAGAGGUCCGAGGUCGUCGCCAGCUUCCCCAUGGCCAAGUUCGAGGACUCCUUCGAGUCGAUGGCGCCGUCGACUCUGUCCUCGCUCUUCCAGUCCUCGGCGACCCCCACGAGUACCAAGAAGACGAAGCCCUCCCUCGACAUCACGCUGAGUCAGUUGACAUCCGCCAACCUGGCAGAGUUGGCAGCUAGUCUGGACAUGACAGUCUCCGAGUUAACGAGUUUGACUCUGCAGCAAUUAACGGAAUGCCUGGCGUCUCUCUCUUCUAAGGAAAACACCAUGGAGUCGGCAAAGGACGCAACCAGGGGCGCAGCUUCGGACUCUUCUUCAACGUCGGACCUGAAGACGAACUCUAAGACGCAGCCUAGUUCAAAGGUCGUGGAGACGUCCUUCGUGUCCAGCGAGCCUCUCUUCGCGACGAGCUUCGAGAAGGAGUCGAAACAAUCGGAGAGCACCACCUACGACAAGUACGCGGUGUUCCGGGAGUGGCUGGAGCUGGAGCAGCUGAAGGAGAACUCGAAGGUGGAAGAGGAGAGUGAAGAGGUUGCCGAUGAGCAGCAACCGGAGGAGCCAGAAGAGACGGCCCCGAGUCCCAAGGAAGCCUCGACGGAGACGAUCGCGUCAUUAGCGAACUUGACCGUGAAAUUGCCCCCUCUUGGGGAGAGUUCUUCAAGGCGCGAGUCCAAGGUCGAGAAGUCCCUGUCCACGGAGUCGGACGUCGCGGCGGAGGAAAGUAAAGCCGUGGACGAGGAAGUCAGCACCGAGGACGAGAAGACCGUCAGGCGCAUGUCGAGGGAAUCGGACCCUGAAGCCGACAGGUCGAGCAGCCUCGAAAAAGCUGAAGAGACGCCGAAGAAGAGCGAAGAGGGGGUCGAGCAGGUGGAAACGUCACCUAGAAGAGGCGACGAAGUCGCGGAUACCGAGUCAUUCAGCGGGAAAGCCGAAGAAGAGAGUCGGACGGUGGUCGAGAAGACGGAGGUGAAGACCUCGACGUCGACCUCCAGCGACCGUUACGCUGCCCUGAGGGAGAUCAUCGAGGAGACCGAACAAUUCGCCCCCAAACCCGAGGAGGAAGCUGCCGUGCCGCAGGUGGAGGUCUCGAAGACGGUGACUGACGUCGACCUGAUGAGUCUGUUCUCGAAUCCUUUUCCGGCUCCCACCGAGCCGAAGAAGCCGAGCAAGGAGGAGACCCCGAAGAGCGGGACGAUGGACAUCUUCGAGGAGUUUAAGAUGCUGAACACGAGCUCGCAGCGCUCCCGCGGGAACAAAUCCCCGUCUUCAGGGUUCGAGGACGUGUUUUCCCCAUUUUCGGACACCAGGAACGAGAGAGAGUGCUGCAAGGAGGACGUCGGCUGGGCCAAGUUCGACAGCAACGCGUUCCACUCCGACAGGUCAUCCGGAGAGGGUCCUGGAUCCGUCGGAGGUACCUCGCCAUGGCUGCCGGAAGCGAAGGAGUUCCACAAGGACGGGUCCUUCAAGUCCAGCACGCACCGGCACUCCGGAGACAGCGACAGCGAGUGGAAGGACGAGGAGGAGAGCGAGGAGAGCAACGGCAGGGUCCAGGACGAGCCGAGCUACUGGGCGUCGAAGCAGCUAAGGUUCGAGGAAAAUUUCGAGGAGAAGCUCUUCUACGAGGACGGUCCCAUGGGAUCUGGGGAAAAGGAGAGGUGCUUCAGGGAGAGGUCUGGCCGGAAAUGUAGAGGAGCACCCUGGUCGAAAGCCGGAGGCCACAGGCCCAGAGAUGUAUCGCCGUGGCACGACGAGGUCAGGUGGGAAGAGGAGCAGCACAGGAGGCACCUGCACCCGAAGGGGCCUUACAAGGACGAGGAGGAGUACAAGAGCAUGCACUGGAAGUGCAGGCCCAGGCCGAGGGCCUGGAACGGGGAGCGGGACGGGUUCUGGCCCCAUGAGCACGUUCCUUCGUACGAGGAAGAGCGGAGCAAGUGGAGGACCAUGAUGUGGAACGAGGAGGAAGACCGAGAUCGAGAUCGAGAUCGAGACAGGGACAGAGACAGAGACAGGGACAGGUUCAGCAGUGAAGAGAGCACCGGCUACGACGACGAGGAGAGGUGGUCCCGGAGGGAGUACGAGAUGGGGCGCUUCUGGGCCAGAAGGGCCCCGGACGGGGAGCCCUACCCCUACCGGGACUCGUAUCGAAAAUACGAGAUGCCCCACUGUCGAGACGGCAGGGACCGACCUUCGGCAGACUAUCCCCCGGGUGGUGGGUGGCCGGACGAGGAGUACGGCCCCGAAAUGACGGAGGACUCCCCGAAAUACGCGACGCGCAAGCGACACUGGCCCAAGAGGCCCAUCAGCGCGACCGACUUCAGGAUGUCGGAGCACGUCUACGCGGACCCCCGGUCCAAGUACGAGGUCUCCAGGUCGGAGUGCAGCGACAACGACUCCGACCCCUACCACCGGAUCCACCACAGGUCGAGGAGCAGGGAGAGGUACUGGGGCAGCGACCAGGAGUUCGACGGCUGGCCCGAGAGGCCUUACUGGUCCGAGGGCCCGGGCCCCGCCAAGGCCGAGACUCUGCAUCGUCGAAGACUCACCAGGCACAAGGCCCCUCCCGGGGCCCAAAUACCGAAGCAGGGGUCGCCCUUCGAGGCCGAGUUCCCGCGGGGCCCCGAGCAGGCCUCGCCGGACCCUUUCGCGGGCCCCGGUGAGCUCGAGCUCAAGCAGGGCCCUGCGACCUCCACCCCUCGGGGCCCGAAGGAGCAGGCCCAGAGGCGCGAGCAAAGGCCCUGCAAGAGGACCGGGUAUUUCGAGGACGAGCUGCCCCCCGCCCCCGCCGACCCCCCCGAGCGACAGAAGGCCCAUGGAACCGACCCCGAGCCCAGCCCAGAAGACUUCCCCAGGACCAAGGAACCCACCGGCGAUGCCUUCUCCUCCAGAGACGGCCGGGACUCCUUUUUCAAUGGCGACUCCAGGUUCGAGGAAGACUCCUUCGCCUUUAAGGCCGAGCUCGAGGACAACGUCCCCGACAGGGCCACCACUCUCCCCCUGAAGAAGCCCAACAACAAGGCCAAGUGCCCCAACAAUAAAAUCAAAGCCGAGCAGUACAUCAAGAAGUCGGAGUCCGUAAACAUCUUCGCCAGGAAGAACGACCCCUUCGACGACGACGACUUCUUCAACUGAUGUACGGAGCUGCGCUCCGGAGAGCGCGACCACGCGCGGGUCAGGUGGAGACCUUGAAGAGGACCGCCUGGGACUUCUAGUCGUCCUUGAUUCUUUACGCUGUGAGGAUUUUUGCAGAUCGGAUGCCGAAGAAGACCCUGAGGAAACGUUCAACCGGAGACCACGUUGCAUCUCCGAUGAAGGCGAACGGUGCUUUGCAAAUCAGGCCUAACGACACGGCAUCGUUCCUUCGCCUUUAUUGUCCAAACCCUCGCGCAAGUAUUUCUAAAGUCCGUAAGUUAACU